CCCCCCCCCGCGCGGCCCGGCGUGGCGGCACGUGACCUUAGUGGAAUGAGCGGCUAAAUUUCGGAGUAAUGACAUAAGGGGAUGACAUAAGCAUGAGCCUUGCUAAAAGUCGGGCUAUUGUGGUCUCCCACACGGGGGGCCCUCGGUUUAUUAUUCACGAUCGCCGAUAUUGAAGAUCAAGUACGUAAUCCCGAGCCGAGACUCGACUUCACUGGGAAAUUGAAUGUUAUUAUUCUCGAGAUGGGAUUGAUGGAACAGUGGCGGAAACAUUCCUUUUGUUGCUUUGAGUGCUGUGGUAUGCCAGUUUACGCCAAUAAACCCGUUGCAAUUUGCAAGAAUUGCGAUACGCGACGAGAUUUGGCAGUCAACCCACGUAUAAUCGGAUCAAUGAUUGAUGAAAGCGGCAUGAUUACGGCUAGUAAGCUCGUGUGGCACGAUGAUGCUUGGUCCCAACUUUUUUUUGGAGGCACAUCGAACGAACUACAAAUCGGGGAUGACUCGGAAACCAACCUCGUGGAGCAGUCGUGGGAGGAUUUAACAAUCUUCGACACCGCUGCACUUAGAGAUAUCGAAGAACAACUGUUGUACGCACGCGUUACGCUGACUUUUGGUUGGUCGUCUCAGCUCGAAAGACUCUGUAUUAUGGGAGUCGAGUGGUAGUGGAUCUAUUCAAAGUUGCUUCGAUAGCAUCGGCUGAUUCGGAGGGGUAUCUAGGAGAUCUCGACGAGCUCGACGAGUUCUAGCAUGUGCUAAGUUCAGCUAGCGAGCUUGUAGAGAGGGAUGAUUCAGCUGGCAUUGUCCUAACACGAAAUAUAGCAUGUGCGAUGUUCCUAG